AUGACACUAUCCGGAGUGUUAGGUCUUGCCCCACCAGCUUACACGAAAAAUGCCUCAACCGCCCAAAAUACUAGUGCCGAUGAACCUCCGCCAGUCUACGUCAUCGACAUUCCCCCGCCGGCCUACAGUACCCCUAGGCGUACUGUAAUUUAUGUUAGAAGAGGUAUUUUGGGCUUUAUAGAGCCUCAAGUGUCACCUUGAUUGAUUCUAGAAACCGUAUUUUCGAAGAAUUUGAUAGAAAAAGUUAAAUUUUCUGAAUAUUCUUUAUUGUUUGUUGAUUCUAAGCCUGAGCCUCGCGUUUUUUUUUUGAAAAGAGCUCCUUUUUUGGUAUGCUCUUCGAAGCAUCAGCCAUUCCAAAUGCGGCCAGAAUCUUACAAGUUUUGAACUUCCCACAAGUUAAAAAGGAUCUGUAGAAGUUUCGGAGAAUCCAUUCCAGAAUUUUCUGAUUUUCAAAGCUCAAAAUUUUCAGGAGAAGACCGCGCACGCACACGCGACGCACCCAACAGAGUUCGCAGUUUCUACGUCUCAUUAUUCAUCGUUAUGCUUAUGAUCUUGCUUUUUUUGGCCUGGUGGAUGUUUGACCUUAUAAAUAGCUCAACCUAG